CCGUGACACAAUGAUUAUAUAUAUCACACCUCUUAGGAUUGAAGUUUAAAUCACUAAUCUUCAAAUUGUAAUAUGUUCAAAAAAAAAAAUAAAAAAUAAAAAUAAAAAUAAAAAAGAAACCAGCUUAAAUAGCAGAACACAUUUUUGAAUUCAAAAACGCCGACUCAUACCAAAUUAGUUAGAAGAGCUUACUCAUAAGGAAAAGGAUGGAGGUGGGAUCAUCAUCAUCGUCAUCCAAGGGUGGAAAAGUUUUUCCAUCGGGAGUCGUCGGUGUUCCUCGACGACCCAUUUAUAGAAACCCAUGUUUUAGUGCAAUCGCCAUUCUGUUGGCCGUGGUUAUACCAAUUGUGAUCCUGGGAUGCACCGUCUUCAAGGUCAAGAAACCCAAAACGACGAUCGACUCCAUCAUCCUCGACGACCUCUCCGUCUCCCUCUACUCCGACAGUGUCGGGGUGUCCCUUAACGCCACGAUCGACGUAAGUUUGUCUAUUAAGAACCCGAACAGAAUCGGGAUCAAGUACAAAAAUGCCACAGCCUUGCUGAAUUACCGGGGCACACAGGUGGGGCAAGUUACGAUUCCGGCCGGCGAGAUUUCCGCCCACAAUACGGUUGGCGUAAACGUGACUCUCACCAUCUUUGCGGAUCGCUUCCUGUCGGAAUCCAAGCAGCUUUACUCGGAUGUCAAGGCGGGGUCUCUACCGCUCAAUACUUACAUCAGAAUUUCUGCAAAGGUUAAACUGCUGUUCUUCAAGAUUAAGGUUAUCGCGACCGCUUCGUGCGAUUUCACGAUUGAUAUUUCGAAAAAGAGAGCCGCAGAUCAAAAGUGCAAAUACAAGACCAAAUUAUAGUCCCUAAGCAAUUUUAAGUUGAGAUUACACUAAAUUACAAAACCAUAAUCAUUUAUACUCUAAUGACUAGUUUUGUGCAGUUUCUAUUGUCCCUAUCUCACACAACAUUUGAAUUAUAGUUCUCCGCUUUGGUACACUUUUUAUUACAGUCUUUGUCAACUUUUUUUAGAGGAAUGUUUUGCAAUUUUGCCUUGCUUACUUUGUAUUAGAGCUGGCAUAGUAAAAGAUUAUAUAUGAU